AUCUGUUCUCUCUUUGGUCUCUGUGUGUCUGGCUAUGAGCAAGAAAGUACAAAGCUACAUUAACCCUAUUUAAACACAAACACUCUCUCUCUUCUUUCUUUCUUUCUUUCCUUGUCCCUUUACUUGUUACAUUCUAAAGAGAAAGCUUGACAAUUUCUAACCCCUUUGAGAAAACAAAACAUAAUGACUUAAAAACCAUAAAAACAACAACUCCUUUCUUCACCUUUCUAGUCACGUUAGCUUCUUGUUUUUAAAUAGUUAAAAAACCAAACAACAAAAGAAGCCUCCCUUUUCCUUUUCCUCUCUUUUGAAAGUUUUCUUGUUAUUAUUUUCCCUUUCUCACUUUCUCUGCCUGCCAUGAACAGGAGUUUGAACAGAGAGAAUCCAGAUAUUUUGAUUGUGGUGAUGGUGGCAGUGAUGAAGCAGCAGAAGAUGAUAACAAGGGAUGGUAGAAAUAGAAAGAGAAUGAGGAAAUUACAAUGGGGCCCUUAAAGCCUGCAACUGAAAUGAGUGGCACACUGCACCAUAGUUCUCUCUUACCCUUUUUCUUUCCUUUUUUUUCUUUUAAAUUUUUAUAUAUUUUUUUUCUUUCUCUAUUUGUUUUUUACUCAUUUCUGUGGUUCUUCUUCUUUGCCUCUCUAUCUAUCUAUCUCUCACAAUUAAUGCUCUCUUGUUCUUCGGUCAUUUCCAAACACUGAAACACUCACUCACUCUCACAUAGGAGCAUUUUGCUUGUGCUUUAGGUACCUUAGCUCUUUUUUUUUAUAUUUUUUUUAUUUUGGGUUUAUAUAUUUAAUGUUUGUUUAUUCUCUUUAAUAAUAUUAUUAUUAUUAUUGUUUUACUUGGUCCUGUAAACAAGGAGUUUUUAUCUUUCUUGCUUUUGGUGUUCUUGAAUCUUGAGAAGGUUACUUACUGGUUAACCCUUUUUUUAAUAAAAACUCAUUCGUUUGAAUGAUGGAAGAUAAGACAGAAAAUGAGAUGUAUUUGAGGUUUUUUAUGUGUUCUAGGAGAUUAGAGAGGUCGUGUUUUUGUGUAUUAUAAUACAAUGAAUCUCUUGAUGGGAUCUGCAAAAAUGAGAAUAUAUGUUUUUUUUUGUUUUGGGGAUUAUAUUUGGAUUUUUAAAAAAUAGUGCUUUAUUUAUGUUCAUGCAGAAUGAAACAAUGCUACAUUGCUACCUUUUGAUGUUGGCUUUAUAUGCCAUUUUUUUAAAGCAAAUUUAAUAGUUGUUCUUUAGCAUUGUAAUGCUGCUUUUUGGUUAUGAAUAAUCUUUUUAAGUUUAAAAGAGUUCAUGAUGUUACAACCAUAUUGAAACUUUAUGUGGAACUGAAUCAAACAAUGCUUAUUUUUCAUGUCUCUCUCUCUCUCUCUCUCUCUCUCUUUUUUCCUCUUAAGGUUCUUGGAGGGCAAGUUCUUGAAGAUUUCAGUUAUGUUAAGUCUCAUUUAAUUUGCUUCAACUUGCUUUGGCAGGUGAUAGAUAUAGCUUGUUAAUUUUUUUGCAUAAUAAGGGAAUUUUUUUUUUAUUAUUAUUCCCACUUUUCAUCUUUUCACUGUCUUGCAUUAUAUGAACUUUUUGAAAUGAUGCUUAACUAGUUCACAUGCUGCCAAACAAAAUAAUAUAUUUUUUUACUUAUUCCUUGAUUUCUUAUUCAAAUUUUGUUUUCUUGUUUGUAGCAUGGAUCUUUCAAGAUAAGAUGGUUCUUCUAUGAAGAGGGUAUUCAUGUCAUUUUUCUGAAGUGAUGUUGUUCUGAAAGAUCCAUUGAAGAACCAAGAGCUUCUAUCUUUUCACAUUAACCAAACUGAUUUUGUCAAUGGAGAAUGAUUUCUACAGUUCUUCACUGAACAUGGAGCAUCAUCCUACACCAAAGCCACUUCUUCAGUGCUAUUCAUUUGAUCUUAAUAACCAAAACAACAUCAUAAAUGGAAUUCCAAUGCUUGAUUUAGACCAAGGAGGUGUUGAUGGAGAUACCUUAAAUGCAACCGGAAAUGGCGAAUUUCAUGAGAAUUUAGCCGGAGGAACGCAGCCGAACGGCGCGCUGGCUUCUCCGCUGACAACCAUUCUUGCUGCUAGAAUUGGCCUUCAAGAAAAUCUAGAGAAUUCAGCAACUUUGUUGCCUUCAUUUGAGGCACUAGGACAAUAUGUCUUCAAUAAUUGGCAUGAUACUACUUCAAAUUCAAGCCCUUUUCCGGCGACUUUCUAUGGCGAUCGUGGCUACGAUGAAGUCCCUAGUAAUGGUAAGUGGAGCUUUAACAAGUUUCCAAAAGCACCAGAGGUUGAAGGAAGUGGAUUGGUACCUUAUGCAUCCAUAGGGAAUCUUGAUCCUAAUGGAUGGACAUCAUUGAAUGGUGCAAAUUUGGCUAAUCAUGCUUACAAUUCUUCGAGUUAUAGCAACGAGCUAUCGUUGAGUCUUGCUACUUCGCCGGCUGCAGCUCAGUGCUCGGAGAUUAGCUGCUCCGAUGUGAGCUGUGGCAUGAAUGAAACAAGGACAGGAUUGGAGAAAGGUUCUUGCAGCAGUAGGGAACUGUCUAUGAGUUUAGGUUCUGAAAAACAUGUCCGGUUUUCGCCGGUGAUACUUGGAUCAAAGUACCUUGUAGGAAUUCAAGAGGUACUGGCUCAAAUUGCAGCAUAUUCGAUUGAGAAUGUAGAAGAGGUGAAUUAUUUAGGUGCUGGUGAUAGAGCUGGAGGAAAUAAAUCAACAUCAGGUUUUGCGCAAAAGACUACAGCAGCAACAAAUUCAAAUGCAAAUUCUUCUAUGUUUGAAGCUCAUGCAGAGUCUCCAUUGCAAAGACAUGCAGCUGAAUCAAACAAAUCCCAGUUGCUGACACUUUUACAGCUGGUGGACAGCCGAUACAGUCAGUGUUUGGAUGAGAUACACACUGGCCAAACAAUUUCUGUACUAUACAAGGACUUGAGGGAGAGGAUCAGCAAUCAUAUUCUUGCAACAGGGACCAAUUUCGGCGAGUCGUGCUCGGAAGAUAAGGAAUGGUCUGUUGAUACUUCAUUCAUUCAAAAGCAAUGGGCUAUCCAGCAGUUGAAAAGAAAAGAUCAGCUCUGGAGGCCUCAAAGGGGCUUGCCUGAAAAAUCUGUCUCAGUUCUUCGUGCUUGGAUGUUCCAGAACUUCCUCCAUCCGUAUCCUAGAGAUGCAGAAAAGCAUUUACUUGCUGUAAAAAGUGGGUUAACUAGAAGUCAGGUAUCUAACUGGUUCAUAAAUGCUCGUGUCCGGUUAUGGAAACCUAUGAUUGAGGAAAUGUAUGCUGAAAUGAAUAGAAGAAAAGCUUGUCGAAUCGAAGAAGGGAUGGAGGAUGGCCAUAGAAGCAGGCUAAGCAUGAACAAUCAUUACUUUAAUAUGAAUUGAAGUUGAAGAACAAUGUGAUCAACAAAAACUUUUGAUUUUAUUUAGUGGAUGAUUCGCCACCAGUUUGGUAUAUUAUUACAUAAUGAGAUAUAGUUGUUCUAAAAAAUGUGCUUUCAUAUAAUCCAUGUCAAAUGUUAAUACUGGUUUUUUAACUCUUCAUGCACUUAUGAUUGAUGCAAAAAAAAUGACUUUAAGCAAAUAGUAUGACGUGGAAAAUGAAUAUCUUUUCAAGUUAUUUUCAUUCUAAACUUUUUAAUCAUUAAAGAACAUACAUCAUAUUAAAAUUCCAAUAAAUGUUCAUACCUUCAAUUAAGAAAGACGCUAUUCUAUUUCAACAUGAUGAAAUUACUUAAGAAACAAGACAUUUGCAUGAAGUAACAAUUUGCCCUCCAUGUUUGCUUUACAAUCAUAACCACAACAUCCUUUUGUUUCUCUUUUUGGUAAUCCAAAAACGACAAUUCCGAAGCUUUAUCUACCAUUCAGGCUU